UAUGUCUAUGGACUGAGCGCGGUCGUGUGUAGUGAGUUGGUCUGUUUUCGGUAGUUAUACAUUGCAUAUAUACUAUCGUCAUGGUAAAUUAUUGUGUUUGUGCUGGUUGCACAAACUCCAACCUGUCAGGACAUCGGGCCCACAGUUUUCCUAACAGGAAAAAGAGCGGAGCUCUCUUUCGUGCCUGGGUGCGUUUUGUACAGGUGAAGAGGCUGGACUUCACUUCGGCAUCUGUUACACAAAACGCCGUUGUAUGUGGAGCUCAUUUUAAAUCAGAGGAUUAUGACCCCAGUCAUGUGAUGGAGUUCAGGAUGGGAUGCCGCUGCCAGGAGCGGAACAGUGAUCAUACCAUAGUUUGCUGUGCAGCGUUUGGGUGCACCGACCGGUCGGAGAGAGGCCAUCAGAUGUACGGUUUCCCCAAGGACAUGGCCCGACGUAAAAGGCUGGCUAUGGUCAGCAGAGAACACUUUGAAUUAAAAGGAGAUUACAAUAGCAGAAAAAUUUGUCAGGUACAUUUUGAGGACGACCUGUUCACAAACACCAAAAAAGGCGGCUUGAAGUUACGACCUGAUGCUGUGCCGACAUUAUUCAUCCAUCGCCCAAAGCCCAGGAGCAGGAAAGUCCCCACACGGAGCAUGGAUUCAGCAGGGGUGAAUGAAUGGAGCCAAGACCACACCUACUGCAAAGACCACACCUACUGCAGAACAUCAUAUUUGGCAGACCUGGAGGAACCAGCACCAACAAGGAUCAAACAGGAAGAACCAGAACUAACAAGGGUCAAAGAGGAAGAACCAGAACUAGAACUAACUCCACGGAUUAAAGAGGAAGAACCAGAACUAGAACUAACUCCACGGAUUAAAGAGGAAGAACCAGAACUAGAACUAACUCCACGGAUUAAAGAGGAAGAACCAGAACUAGAACUAACAAGGAUCAGAGAGGAAGAGCCAGAACUAACUCCACGGAUUAAAGAGGAAGAACCAGAACUAGAACUAACUCCACGGAUUAAAGAGGAAGAACUAGAACUAGAACUAACAAGGAUCAGAGAGGAAGAACCAGAACUAGAACUAACUCCACGGAUUAAAGAGGAAGAACCAGAACUAGAACUAACAAGGAUCAGAGAGGAAGAACCAGAACUAGAACUAACAAGGAUCAGAGAGGAAGAACCAGAACUAGAACUAACUCCACGGAUUAAAGAGGAAGAACCAGAACUAGAACUAACUCCACGGAUUAAAGAGGAAGAACCAGAAGUAGAACUAACUCCACAAAUUAAAGAGGAAGAGGAGGAACUCUGCAUCAGGCCGGAGGAAGAGCAGCUGGUUCUGAAGCAGGAGACGGAUACAACAGUCCAGUUCAAGUCUGAAGCUGCUGGAACUUUAAACGAUGGUGAAAACGACGCGACCCGGUACCAGGAAGAGACGGAUCAGCACCAACUGCUGGCGUUGUAUAUCAAGAACCACGUGAGAGACCUUCCACCGCAACAUGUCUGCAAGGAGGGGGAAGUUCUCUCUGACCAGCAGGACCAGAACUCCGGUCUGGAUCAGGCUGAACCGGAACUCCCACAGAUGGAAGAGGAACAGGAAGAACUCUCUAGCCGUCUGGAGGAACCAGAGCAGCUGGUUCUGAAGAGGGAGACGGAUCUUCCCUCGUGUCAGAAGAAGGACCUCAGUGGAGCAGAACCAAACGCUGAUCGGCUUCACUCUCAGAACCCUCAGAACUCUCAGAACUCUCCGUUAACCGAGAGUCAAAGUCAGGAACGAAUCAAGAACCUGGACUCGACUCCACGUGUGGAGACGGGUCCAAACAAGAGCCACCCCAGAACCAGGACUGAGGGUGGAAACGGACAGCGCCUGACUAAAGCUCGGGGACGCAGGAAGUCGGUGAGAUGUGACUUUUGAAGUCACAUCUCACUAAGACUCAUCACCAUGGAAACCACAGACUAGUCAGAGCUAGUUAACCUAGACUCGUGACUCAUCACCAUGGAAACCACAGACUAGUCAGAGCUAGUUAACCUAGACUCGUGACUCAUCACCAUGGAAACCACAGACUAGUCAGAGCUAGUUAACCUAGACUCAUGACUUUUACCCAGAGAACAGGAGACCCGGGACGGACGGUAGCAGGAAUCCAACCGCAG